AAACCCAUGCUAGAAUAUGAUUCGCUCUUUACCAUUCUUGAACGUGGGAGAAACGUCGCACGCAGAGUUUUAGUGGCUUCUUCUCCAUUAUAUCAACCACUCGACAAAGCCGCUCAAACCGGUUACGAGGUUUCAGUUCUUAAGCGUGUGAAAAGAAGUAUUUUUGAUGAUGAUGUAAACACGCAACAAAUAGAUCAUACCGUUAGUGGCUUUCAACAACCACCACAUUUCGAGAUGGAAAAAGAGCAAUGUGUUGAUGAACUUCUCCAUCUCAAGAUCUUGGAAUCCUUACUCGAUUAUCACGCACCCGCCACUUUGGUCCUUGCUAGCGGCGAUGGUAAAGACGCAGAAUAUUUCCAAGGAGGAUUCCACAAGUGUAUAAUUAAAGCUUUGGAACGAGGAUGGAAAGUCGAAGUCGUUAGUUGGCAACGUCAGUUGAGUCAAAACUUUCUGAACAAGAAGUUCUUGAACAAGUGGCAAGGCCUUUAUCAUGUCGUCUUUUUGGAUUGGUUCGCCAAGGAGUUGGGAUGCGACAUGUAA